UAAUGUAAAAAGAAAAAAAAAGAGUAAAAAAAAAAAACAAAAAAAGCAGUCUAGAAAGGAGAAGGAAAAAUGACUAUCAUAGUGUCAAUUGAUGUUUUAGGCUUUAGAGAUAAACUUGAUAGUAGGAAUGAUUAUUAUUAGAUGGAACACUAUCAAUGACUUUUCCCUCAUUAUUUUCUGUUUGUGCAGUGGGCUCUAAAUAAUUCAAGGAAACCUAUUGUUACUAUUCAGUGGUUAUAUCAAUGCUGGAGUGAGCACCGUGUUGUUCCUCAAGACUCAUACAGGGUUCUUCCUUUUUCUGGAUUGACCAUAUGUGUUACCAAAAUCCCUGCAGAUGAGCGGAAAGAGGUGGAAAAGCUUGUCAGUCAAAAUGGUGGAAAAUAUUCACCCGAACUAACCAAGAAGUGCACUCAUUUGAUUUGUGAUAUAUCCUUUAUGUUGUCCUUUAGUAGGACAUGAUUAAUUUUUCUUGCGUUCAAAGUUUGGAAUUUGCAUUUCAUUGUUUUCUACAAGGAAAAGCUUGCUAACAAUUAUUGUCUGACUACUUAUGCUCCUGGAUAUUAUUUUUUCUUAGACAAAUUUUCAGUUUGCUGUAUUUUCACUCUUUGAUGUUAGUGUAUUUUGUUUGAUGUUUGUUCCUUCUGGAUUCACAUGUUACUUUGAUUAUGCUAUUCCCUUUCAGAGUAUUAAUCCAUGGAGACUUUAGUCUUGGGAAUAAAACUUUAAUCUUAAUAUUCUGAACAGUGUCCUUGACUUUUGGUAAGCUCCUGAAGGUGACAAAUAUAAAGUUGCUCAAAGAUGGGGCCAUAUCCUUAUUGUAACACGAAAAUGGUUUGAUCAAUCCAUUGCUAGAAGAGCAUGCCUUACUGAGGAGUCGUAUCCUGUUCAGGGUGUCUCUGCCUCACUAAAUAAGAGUACAAGGGGCUGCUCAAGAGAGCAGUGUAGUGAUGUUAAGUUUAAUGGAAAUUCGCUGUCAGAGCCAUCUUCUACAGCUACAGAAUCAACUUUUCUUGCAGUUCCAGCUGGAUUUGGAGAUUCAGACCUUGAAGCUACACUUUCACAGAACAUGUCUUCAUUGUUUUCAGAUGCUCAGGUUAUUACAAAGGAGGGUGAAGCCCCACCAUUGCAGGCCACAAAUGAAACAAAGCUUGGUGGCUGUGUUGCUGAUGACUCUCAAUCUGAAGAGAUUGAUCUAUACUUGUCUGGGUGUAGAGUAUCACUUGUUGGCUUUGAAGCUUCUGAAAUGCGUAAACUAGUUAUGAUGUUGCGUAGAGGUGGGGCAUCUCGAUAUGUGUUAUUGAAUGAUAAGUUGACACAUAUAAUUGUUGGAACUCUGUCAGAGAUGGAAAAAAAGGAGAUAAGGAGUCUUGCAGCUUCAGGUGUCAUUCAAGUGGUAAAAACAACCUGGAUUGAAGAUUGUGAUUGUCGAAAGAGAGAAAUACCUGUUGAAAGUAGGCACAUAGCCUAUGAUUUACUUUUUCCUAAAGAUUCUGUACAUUCAGUCAAAGGAUCAAUGACAGGCAUGAGUGGUUUGAAUCAAAAUAGAAGCUCAGUUCUGAUAGGCUCUGGAGUUGGAAUGUCAUCUAUUGGAAAAAAUAGGGAUGAUAAACCACAAAGCAAUCUGAAUAAGGACAGCUCUAUGGAAGCAACCACUGGAUUACCUAAGCAAUGCGUACUUCCGAUUGUAAAUAAUAAAAGUAAUGGCCAGCAGAAGAAACAGAGUGAUCCUGCUGUUCAAAAUUUUGAAAAUACAACAUCUUCAUCUGUAUUUAAGGGGAAAGUAUUUUGCUUUUCACCUUCCUUUCCUGAAGAUCAGAAACCUGACAUUCUUAAAUGGGUGGAUCAAGGCGGAGGAGAAAUAGUGGAUGAUCAUGUAAAACAGAAAGUGCAUUUCAUUGUCGAGUGUCAUGGUUAUCUAUCUAGGUCUGCUACUGAUGUGCAAGUUACUUAUGUGUCCACUCAUUGGGUCAAAUCUUGUUUAGAGGAUGGGUGCUUGCUAGAUGUUGGGAGUCACAUUCUCUAUUCUCCACUCACCUGUCGGAUUCCUUUGCCUGGGUUUGAAAGGUUCCGGUUUUGUGUUUCACAAUAUGAAGAGAAGGAUAGACUGCUAUUGAGAAAUUUGUGCUAUGUCCUUGGAUCCAAGUUUGUGGAAAAACUGACAAAAAAGGUGACCCAUUUACUGUGCAAGUUUGCCAGUGGACCAAAGUAUGAGGCUGCUUGUAGAUGGGGAAUAUGCUCAGUUACACCAGAGUGGAUUUAUGAAUGUGUGAGGCUGAAUCAAGUUGUUUCUCCAGAUUCAUUUUUCCCUAAAGAAGUUACUGCUCAAGACCGAGAGGCAGGACUCUGCACUGUGAGUCAGUUUCCUACACAAGCUUUUCCAAUGAUCUCUAGUGAUAACCCACUGGAGUUUACAAGUCAUUCACAAGACCAUAGAAAUGCACCAACUCAAACUGUUAAUGGUAAAAAUGGAAGCAUUAUCGGUAGUGGGUGUGAUGGAUCUGGAAAUGAGGGGAAAAUAUCUGCUUUUCACAAUAAAAAGGCAAGGCUUUUGAAAGAUGAUUAUCAAAAUCAUCUGCUUUCUUCUGUUGUACAUUUAAGUAAUCCUGUAUGGAAUGAGAAUUCCACUGGAUCCAACAAAGUUAAAGAUACUGGGGAAGUUGCUCAUGUUGUUCCUGAUGUUGCUGCUGCCAUAGAAGACCUGUUAGAGCAGACCAGUAAGAUUAAUGAUCACAAGUCGCCAGAGAAAAAUGGGUGUGAUAAAAGUAUUCUUUCAUCUGACUGUACUGGGAUUUGUGAAGAGCGUAGAGAUUCUCACUCUGUUAGUGGGUUAUCUAGACAUUGGUUAAACAGGCCUGUGCAAAAAGAUAAAAUCUGCACCUCUGGAGAUGCAAGUAAAGGCUUAUUUUAUGGUUUCAGUGAAACACAAACCGAUUCUCAGGUUGUUGUUUAUGAAGAAGAUUUGUCAGGCAGACAGAUGCUUAUUGACAGAGUUCGAACCCGGGGUAGUAGCAUGACCUAAAAUACUGUGGUUUAGGGCUGAAAUGCAUACUGGAAUAGUGUGACGAUCAACGUACUAUCCAAGCAUCUAAUGAACCAUUGGAGUUGCUCAAUGUGCAGAUUAUGGAAGAAAGAUGAUGCAAAGUAAGUAGUUAUAUCCCUUGUACAUUCAUGUAUUUUUGAGUAUGUAUUGAAAUUAAGGUGCAAAUUCCAUCUAUCCAAUCUUCUAAUUUCUAAUGGGACUCUUCUUUUUGGAUUGAAUUACAUAUUGUCCUUUUUUAUUUUUUAUUUU